UCCUUCGGCACUUCUCGCCCGGCCCGCUCAGCCCUGUUGCACCCACCGCCGCCCCCUCCCGCCCGGCGGGACCGCUGCCGCCCCGCGCCGUGUGCCCCCGCCCCGCACCCGCCCGGGAGGCUGCGGCGCUCCGUCCGUCGGUCCGUCCGCGCCGGGCGCGUGGCUCCUUUGUGUACAGCAGCUGCUCCUGAAUGCGGAGGCGAAGCCCGUGGCUUGGCACCGAGCUUUUAAAAACCGGCAGCCCUCCUCCCGUCCUGCCUCCCCUCCUGCCGCCGGGCGGACGGUUCUCACCUGGGCUCCGCCGCUCCCCCCCUCCCGUGUACCUGCGCCCGUCGCAUCCCCGCGCUGCCCCGACCCCGGGGAAGGCACCUGAAGGUGGAUCUAUCACAGCUCCCGGCCGGCUCUCCAAGUGCACUUCUGGGACCAAAGCACCGGCAUGGAUGUAAGAUUUUACCCGUCCGCGGCGGGCGGCUCGCUUCCCGGAGACCCUUCCAACCUGGACUUUGCGCAGUGCUUGGGCUACUAUAACUACAACAAGUUUGGAAACAAUAACAACUACAUGAACAUGGCAGAAGCAAAUAAUGCAUUUCUUGCUGCAAAUGAGCAGACGUUCCACACGCCGAGCCUGGGGGAUGAGGAGUUUGAAAUCCCACCUAUCACACCCCCGCCCGAGUCAGACCCUGCACUGGGGAUGGCAGACAUCCUGCUGCCCUUUCAGGGCCUUGGUGACCAGCUGCCAGCCCAAGGAAAUGAAUUUACACCCCAGUUUCCCCCUCAGAGCUUGGAUCUCCCCUCCAUUACUAUAUCCCGAAAUCUCAUGGAGCAAGAUGGCGUCAUCCACAGCAAUGGAUUGCACAUGGAUCAGAGUCACACCCAAGUUUCACAGUACCGCCAAGACCACUCUUUGAUUAUGAGAUCUAUUGUCCACAUGACGGAUGCUGCUCACUCGGGAAUUAUGACUCCCUCUCAGCUCACCACCAUUAACCAGUCCCAGCUAAGUGCACAGCUGGGGCUAAAUCUGGGAGGCACCAACUUGCCACACACUUCUCCCUCCCCUCCUGCUAGUAAAUCAGCCACUCCUUCCCCCUCCAGCUCAAUAAAUGAAGAAGAUGCAGACGAAUCAAAUAGAGCUACUGGAGAAAAAAGAGCUGCCCCAGAUUCUGGCAAGAAGCCGAAAACUCCGAAGAAGAAGAAAAAGAAAGAUCCCAACGAGCCACAGAAGCCAGUGUCAGCAUAUGCCCUUUUCUUCAGGGAUACACAAGCUGCAAUUAAAGGGCAGAACCCCAAUGCUACGUUUGGAGAGGUUUCAAAAAUAGUGGCAUCUAUGUGGGACAGUUUAGGAGAAGAACAAAAACAGGUAUAUAAAAGAAAAACAGAAGCUGCCAAGAAGGAAUAUCUGAAGCAGUUAGCUGCCUACAGAGCAAGCCUUGUAUCCAAGGCUGCUGCAGAGUCUGCUGAGGCCCAGACAAUUCGUUCUGUGCAGCAAACACUGGCAUCUACAAAUUUGUCUUCCUCCCUUAUUCUGAAUACUUCUCUCUCUCAACAUGCCACAGUAUCAGCAUCUCCUCAAACUCUUCAACAGUCCCUCCCCAGAGCAAUUGCUCCCAAACCUCUGACCAUGAGACUGCCAAUGAAUCAGAUUGUAGCUUCUGUUACCAUUGCAUCAAACAUGCCGACAAACAUUGCAGCUCCAUUGAUAAGCUCUAUGGGAACAAACAUGGUGGCAACGGCGUCUUCGUCUCAAGUAAGUCCCUCCAUGCAAAGCCAGCAGCACCAGAUACAGCAGCUCCAGCAGCAACAGAUGCAGCAGAUGCAACAACAGCAGCUACAUCAGCAUCAAAUGCAUCAGCAGAUACAACAACAAAUGCAACAACAGCAUUUUCAGCACCACAUGCAACAACAUUUGCAGCAGCAGCAGCAGCAUCUUCAACAGCAAAUUAAUCAACAGCAAAUGCAACAGCAGCUUCAGCACAUACAGCUUCAGCAGAUGCAGCAGCAGCAGAUGCAGCAUAUGCAACACCAGUCACAGCCUUCUCCUCAGCAGCACUCGCCAGUAGCCUCUCAGAUCACUUCUCCCAUCCCUGCCAUUGGGAGCCCUCAGCCAGCACCUCAGCAGCACCAGUCACAAAUACAAUCUCAGACACAGACUCAAGUAUUAUCACAGGUCAGUAUUUUCUGAAGAUAAAUGAUCUCACAGCAUCGCUUUGCGUUGAUGAAGGGGGUAGGGGUAAACCAUAUUUGGCUGAAAACUGUAAAUUGUUGAUGGUAGUUAUGCAGGGAUGCAUAACAGAUCAAACGAUCCUCUAAAGUGUCUAUUAGAUAGGCAAUAAAGAACUACAAUGUAGCUGUGUAUCAUCUUUUAGCUGACUAUAAAUCAUUUUGUUUAAAAAAGAAAAGGAAAAAAAAAUUAAAAAAAAAAAAGAAAAAGCUGUGCUCUCAUUCAUGUGAUGCCUUUUUAAUUUAUUUAAGCUUUACCUACAAUAUGUGAAUCAAAUGGCCUAAUAAAUACCUGGACCUUAUGACUGCAGCAUGGCCUUUCAGAGUUACAGAUUUCUCCAGAAGUGAAUAAUGCACUUCAAGGCAGUAUGAACUCAUGAAGCCCUUAAAGCACAGUUGUAACUACCUGUAAAAUGAUGAUUGGAUUUCAUACAGUCAUACUUGUAUGACAUGAGUUCGUUGAUGGCAUUUUUUGUCAUGAAAUAAAAUAGAGUAAGUCACAGAUUUUUGCCAAAGCUCUUAAAUAUCUGUCCUGAAUAUCUUCAGAAAAGUAAAUGCGAAUAACUGAACUUCAGUGUUUGAUCCAUCCUUUCACUCCAUUUCUCCCAAGAAACCUACCAUAGUUUCUAACAAAAUAUAUAUUGACAGUUACCCUAUUACGUUAAUUCCAAUUACAGAACAAAUGUGAAUAUUAUAUUCUGUGUGGAAGUGAUGAGUUUCAGAUUUAAUACACUGUAUUUUUAAAAGGGAAAUGCACUUAACUGAGGCUGUUAUUACAAAAAGCUAAGAUGAAAAAUGCAAGAGUUUUUAAUACGCUGUAAAACCAGUAGAAUAUUUAAAGGAAACUCCACGACUGAAUAAUCAAUGUAAAUAUUUUCUUUAAAAGUUGUAAGUUUUCAUAUCAUGUGUUGUAAAGUUUUCAUAAAUGAGGCUUUAAUGUAAACACUGGUAACAUGAAUUAUUAAUUGCUACAUUGCUUAUUGUGUUUUUAUGCUGUUUUAUACUUUUUUAUGAGUUACGAUAGCAGCAAUUAAGUUGUUUGUAUUUUGCUUAUCUAAAAUAAAUGCUUUUAUCUUGCUAUAGAAUAAACACAUUUCAGUAAUACCGAUGGGCCACAAGUCAUUGAUAGGAAAAAAAACAAAACAGAAAUGUUUCCUUGCAGAACCACUUUCUCUACCACUUUAUUCCACUCUCUGGACUUGAUUCUAUCAACCAUGCUGUGUAAAUAGGUACUGGUCUGUGCAGUCAGAUCUGGUGUCCGUAAGUGCAUGCAACUCCGCAGAGCAGACCAUGGCUUUGAGGUGAGAGAGCAAGUGUUGGAGCGAUGAUGGCACAGAGCUUUCGUCCCACCCUGUGUUGUGUCUGUCGGUGGGAAUAGGGUAAGAAACCUGUCUCAGCCACUCAGGGAUAAAAAUAAGCACAGAUUGGGAUUUUCCUCAUGUCCUUGUGUUUUUGCUGUAAGCCCAACCACUUCUCCAGGACUGCGAGACUGUGAGCCUCUGGCUUGUCCCAGGCUCUGGCUGGUGCUGAAUGAUGCAGGCAGGGAGCAGUGGGUGGAGAGGGAGCUGUUUUACUGGAAAUAUUUGGAAACAUUUACAUCCAAUGUGUUGGCAAGAUAUUAGUGCUCUUUCUACAUUUCUACUCUUGAUGGAGGACAAAAACCCUUCCUUUCUUCUUUCCCAUCCCUUCCUGCUAUUGCUGUGUGCUGGGUGCAGCCUGACCACUAUCCCCAGUUGUCUUGCAUGAUUAAUUACAGCAUCUGUCCUGUCAGGAGCUAUAAUGAAGAGGUCUUGAUAAAAAUUGCAAAUUACCACUGGCAACAAUCUUAAACUGCUUAUGAUAAAAUGAAAAUUAAAAACAGCAAGUGUCAAACACGAACAGAAUCCUAAUCCUGUUUCAGGCCGUGUCCAUGGCUACCGACCAGACCCCAACCAAAAUAAUGGGAUAUAGAUCCCCCAAAAGUUGCAGCCAGACUUGAGGGAAAAGGUACUGUGCUGUGCAAGUUUAUUAAUAAUGAAUUCAGCUUUCAAUAUUUCACAGUCCUCAGGUACUCUGCUUAUUAUCUACAAAUAUUGAACAGCAAGAGAUUCCAAUUAGAAAUUUAUAGAUUUCUUGGAGCAGAAAAAAUCAUGUAUAAAUUGAAGCUUUUUGUAAUAGGUGUUAUUUGACGGCUACCCAUGCUCGUAAUAGCCUUCGUAUGAUAUCUAAUCGUGUCUGGGAGGGAGGGGGCUUAUUUCAGGCACAAGGAAGCCUGUGUGCAUUGGAAAUGGCGCAGCAGAGGCUGGUUGUGAAAGAUGGUUUUGUGUCAGUUUUAACCAAUGUUACAUAACAAAGAGGACCAUUUUAUAGUCUUUUUGAAACCUUUAGACAACUGCCUUCAGAAAUAAUUGCUAAACUGCAUGUGACAGUAAUUGUGUAUUAGUUCUGUAAUUGUCAUUUUGAAGACCUAUGAAGUAUCGUUGGGAAAAAUGUCACUAGUGAUAAGAGUUAAUUACAACUGAAGUCUGUUUUCAACUAUUUGUGGUAAGAAGCAGGUGUUAUUAUACUCAUUAAAUGAUUUCAUAAAUCCUGGGUUUUAUCACAUUUGAUUAAGAGCUGCUGAACUGCUGAUGGUCAAUUCCAGGAAAAAAAAAAAAAAAGAAAAAAAAACACACAAAAAAAGAAGUUUUAAUUGCCACAGCUAAAAAAAAAUUCAUCAUCAAGCAGGACUGAACAGUUUAAAUAUCAGAAUUUCAAUCAUGGAAAACUGGAGCAUCCCCCUGCUUGCUACAGAAUUAUAUUUCCCAUUACCCACAAUAGCAUAUUGCAGAACAUCUUGUGUUUCAAACUGUGCAAGUUGGAGUUAGUAUUCUCUACAUCUAAGUGAAUAACUUUGCUAUCAUAGGUCGCAAAUAAAACUGUUAACUUAAAUCACUUACUAUGAAAUUUAUACAGGAAAAAAAAUGCCAUAUCCAUGAUUUCAGUGUCAUACGUGUUUUAAAGACUGUUUUCUUCGUAUUGUUUACAAGUACUUAACUGCUCCCUUCUUUUCCCAAGGUUUCAGAUGCUUUAUCACCCCAGUUAACCACAUUCUACUUUCACAUUAACCCAGGUUGACACAUGAUGAAAGAACAUAAGGAGGUUUAAUUUUUAGCUGACACAGGGUCAUUGGUUUCUAACUUGAAGAACAAAGGCUUUAAAUACCUCUAUGCAACAUAAUCUCAAUUUUAUAUUGUCACCUGACCAUUGUGGUUUGCGGGACAGAUGGAUUAAAUAUCUCGAGUUUAACCAGUAGUCUUGCACUGUCUCUUUUCAAUGGGGAUUGGACAUUUGAAUGGCUCCUUUUCCAUUUCUCACUUCAUGGAGUAUUUUUUAGCACUGGACUUCAUUCUAACCUUUCCCUCCCCCCUUUGUUUGGCUUUUGUUUUGCAACAGCUGUUAUUAUCGUUUUUGGUCAGCUGUGAUUGCUGGAGGCAAAAUAGGACCAGAUGGUGUUUUGCUAUGCAUGAAUGGAGAGUUAGAGGAGUUUAGAUUGAAUAGGCCAAGUUUGAAUGGUGUCUAUGCACCACCUGCCCUCUUCAGCAGCAGCACACACAUCAUAGGAGCAUGAUCUGUCUCAGACCUACUAGAAUUGGAUGGGAAUGGAGAGAGCCUUGUUGGAUUUUCUCCAUAUUUAUUGAUCUUCCAUGCACUAACAGCAUAAUGCAGUACACAGUCAAUUUGAGUUAAUUGGAUAUGACACAGCAUGUACAUGUAAUCUAUCACUGUAGUCUCUUGGUACGCUUUAGGUUUUGCUGCCACAGAACAUGCAGUAUUAGCCUGCAUUAGUAGGCUAAGUGGAUGGAAGUAAAGCAGGAUCGUCGUGCAGCUUGAUUUAACAAAACGGACUGGAGUUCUAAAGCAAUGCCCUUAAAACUGCCAGAAAUAGAGUGAAAUACAAAUGUUUCUGAUUUGAUAGAGCAGACUGAGUAUUUUGGCACAGAAAAACAAACAACAAACAAAACACCUAAUUUCCAUACUUUUCUCAGAGGUUUGCCAAUGAAAUUUAAGUGAGCAGUUCCCUAAGAAGUUAGUAGCAGCCUUGUUAGAGAUGACUCAGUGCAGCUCUGAAAGGGCUGUGUGUGUGUGCAGGAAUCUAUUCCAGAGCAGGAGGGAUAUUAGAUUAAGCAAAUUCUGAUUACCAGCCCUUAAAACACAGACAUUAAAAUGAGGUAUUCCAAUUGCUUUUGGAGCAGCAAAGGGCUUCUUCAGUGCCCAAAUUGGCCAUCAAAGUGCAGCUUAAAUGCCACAGAAAUUUAGGGUGUGUUUUAUCCUCCAUGAAGGCUGUCUGAGAGGCGUCCAGUGUGUGAGAGCUGUAGCUGAAUGCUAGGGAAUAAAAUACAUAUGUGCUUGUACAAAUAACUCUCUGGAACUGUCACAGCCAUUGGGUGUUUCAGGCCGACCUCUGCCCACGUUGGCAGGAGCUGCUCACGCGCUGCCUUUGUCUGCAGUGUCAGGUAGCCAAGUGAGUUACUUUAUUAUGAAAAUUGCAUUCAGCUGAAAAAAUGCUAAAUGUUUUCAAGUGCCUGUGGGAAAAGCUAGGUUUGUAUUAAAGGAUUUGGUUCUUAAAGUCACCGAGAAGCUAAUGCUUCUCAGGUGCAUCUGAGGGAGAGUAUUUUUGAUUAUAAUACUAAAAUCUUUCAGAAGAGAAUGUGUGGCUUUGAAUGAGCUGUUCUGACACCUCAAUAGGCUACGCUGGAGAUUUAUAAUGUACUGUUUACCUCUGCUAAAAAGUAGAAGUGGUAUUUGAAAUCUCAUUUUUGUCCAAGUUCUCAGCGUUAACAUCUUCCACUCCUACUCAAACUGAAGUAGUGCAGAGUUUUGUUAAUAGGUUUGAAAUGAAAUUCGUUUUAAUCUUUUAGGUAAAAAAGAAAUUAAAAAAAAAAUAAAAUGUUGAACUGGAGAGAGUAUUUGAUGUAGUGUGGUACUUAAAUGGGCAGUUCCUACAGAUACCUGGUAUUUUGUUUCCCUUCUCUAAUAUCUGCACUGAUACAGAUAUCUUUGGUCUGUUAUUUUUUCCAAAGUGAAGUCGUUACAUUAAUUUAACUCUGCUGCUCUAAUUGAAAAAGAAAGGCUUUGAUCCAGCAAAUCACUUAAAAUGAGUGGAUAAUUCAAGUAUACAGGUAGUAAUUUCAUUAAAGUGACUGCUCAGAUGCUUACAGUUGUAUAGUUGCUCAAGUGCUUUCAUAGAUCGGGAGUCUAAUUGCAAAAAUAUUGCAUUUGAUUUCCAAACAAUUCCAAGUAGCAAUAAUUAGAACCUAAAAGUAAAUAGCUGGGCUUACUUUUUUCACAUUUUGUUUUAUUAAAUUCUAUUUGGAACAAGUUACAGGGAUGAUUUUCAAGUACAGGUAUCUAACCUUUCUGCUGGUUCUGCAACUGUACAUCAUUAUAGAUGUGUAUGGAAUUAACCACCUGACUGGGAAUUUGCAUACUCAGUCAUUUAGAGGUGUUUUUACUGUGCACAGGUCUAAAAAUCUACACCUGGAUCAGCAGUCACAGUUCUUAAGUGGAUACCUUGACUAAAUGUUUGCAUUUACAAAACAGAAAUAAAUGCAGACAGAGUAUCAUUAAAUUUACUGGCAAUAUUUGUGAAACUUAAAGGCUGUUGUUACUUCAGACUGCUUCAUUUUUAAUGCUAGGUCCUGCAGUGUACUAAUGACAAACAUACACAUUGCAUUAACACUAAGUAAAGAAAUAAUAAAUCCCUUGUGUUGUA